AUGGCUGCAACUGUGACGCAGCCGGCUCCCAAUAGCGCAGCUCCAUGCCUUCCCAAUACUGCACCUGCAGCCGCCCGCGACGACCACGCAGCAGACAGUGAUUGCGCGCCCGUGAGAGGCGGUGCUGGCCGUGCGCUGCCAGGCCUGCACAUCGCUAUCAAGCUCCCACCCACAUCCACAGCGGGCGCCACUCUGCGCUACGAGCGCCCUACGUCAGUCCGUCGAGGCACCAGGGGUACGGGCGCCCACAGCCCAAUGGCGGGCACCGUGUGGAUCGCCAUUGCCAUCGCCAUCGGACUUUCACUCCAGCGCCUCCCCGCCGCUGGAGCCCUGCCCGCCUCUUGCCAGCCUCGGGACCGUUGGCGACGCGCAUCCAGCCGACCUGCGGCGAAAAUGCAUCGCCGCCACCAGCCCCUGCUAAACAUAGCCAGCAUGCAACAUCGCCGACGCGUUGGGGACCGCCUCCCUCACCAUGUCAAACUUUUCAAGCCUGCUGCCCUAUACCGCAAGAUCACCCCAUCCGUCCCCUGAGUGACGUCGACGUCAAUACCGGCUCGCUUCCCUUGCUCAACCAAACGGGGAACCGUCCCGCCCUGGGUCGACUGCAAUCAUGACCUGCCUGUUGCCCUGGCUGCGAGCUCGAUCGCGAUUCGUCCUUGCGCCUGGCCCAGCAGCCACCCGCAUUUGACUGCUAUUAUCCGCUAUUUUUCGCUGCAGAUUGCGAAUUGAUUGAUUUGUGCGCUGCCGGCCGCAUGUCGUGUCACUGCUCCACACGCGAUCGGAAGGAGCGUAGCUGUGCCUACACCUUCCCUUCUCGCGCGCCGACUGCUCCAAGCAGCUGUCUGGCGUCGUUGGCGUAGCGAUAUUGCUCGCGCAUCUCGGACUGAAACCUCCUGAGGUUUGACGUCUCGAGCCAGUGGCGUUCUUGUGCAGCAUU